GUCCAGUAAAAGCCAACAUUGACAAAUUGUCAGUGGCGAGUCGAUGCAGAAUCCGCUACACACUGGAGCGAGAGGCGCGCGAAAUACCUGUCAAGAAAUUAUGAGCGUGGAUCGUCUAUUCGAUGAGCUUGGACACUUCAAAAGGUUCCAGGCAUGUCUGUACUUUGCUGCUGUCUUCCAGGCCAUAGCCUGUGGAAUCCACUACCUGGCCUCUGUGUUCCUUGUGGAGAGGCCAAGCUUUGUCUGCGCCCCGCCCGGUAACGUAACUGACGUCCUGUAUGGGAACUACACAGGGGCUUCCCUGGAGGAGGUGCUACCGUUCUUUAAACCGGCGAACGGGCCCAUGGUGGUGCGGACGGCGGAGGGCAAACAGUGGGAGCUCAGCACCUGCCAGCGAACCCAGCGGAUGAACCCCACAGACUUUACCUACGAGCAGCUCGUCAACAGGACGACAGAGAAGUGUGACAGGAACUACCAUUACGUGUACGACCACAGCGAGGUGUAUCAGAGCAUCGUGACAGACUGGGACCUAGUGUGUGACAGGGAAUGGCUGGCCAAGCUGUGUCAGCCCACUUUUAUGAUGGGUGUGCUGGUCGGAGCGCUGGUGUUCGGGGACAUCGCUGAUAGGGUUGGCAGACGGAGGAUCCUGAUGAUCACCAGCCUGUGCCAGUUUGUGUUUGGUGUAAGCGUGGCAUUUACGGGGAACUACUACCUAUUUAUGUUCAUACGCUUCCUGCUCGCCAUGGUGUCUAGUGGCUACCUUGUUGUGGUGUUUGUGUACGUGACCGAGUUCACCGGCAACAAGGUGCGCACGUGGACCUCCAUGCACGUGCACGCCGCCUUCGCCGUGGGCGUCAUGAUGGUAGCAGUCAUGGGCUACCUGGUGCGGACCUGGCGGAGCUAUCAGAUCCUCCUCUCCACCUGCACCUCCCCCUUCCUCUUCUUCUGCUGGAAGUUCCCAGAGACGCCCUUCUACCUGAUGGCUAAGGGGAGGCUCCAGGAGACCCAGGUCUUGCUGGACUCCAUUGCCCGCUUCAACGGGCUGGAGCCUGGCCGCCUGAAGGCCGAGGACCUCCUGGAACCCGAGGAGGCUCUGCUGGAGAAGGAGGUGGCAGCGGGGGUAGCCCAGCCGGCAGAGCCCGAGAAGAAGCUGAGCAUCCUGGACCUGUUUGGGACAUGGAGGAUGGGGUGGAGGACAGUGACGGUGGGGGCCGUGUGGUUCAUCAGCAGCCUGGGCUACUACGUCUUCUCCCUGGGCUCUGUUAACCUGGGGGGCAACCAGUACAUCAACCUCUUCCUGGCUGGUGCGGUGGAGUUCCCCUCCUACCUGAUUGGCUGUUAUGCGAUGGACCGGGUGGGCAGGAAGAGGACAUGUGCCCCGGCUCUGCUGCUGGCAGGAAUGGCCUGCAUGCUCAUCAUUGUGGUGCCAAACGACAUCGAGGUGUUAGCCAUCUUCCUCAGUAUGACAGGGAAGUUUGCUAUUGCCAUCGCCUUUGGCCUCAUCUACUUGUACACCUGUGAGCUUUACCCAACCAUCAUCAGGUCCCUGGCGGUGGGCAGUGGCAGUAUGAUGUGUCGUGUGGGCAGUGUGGUGGCUCCUUUCUGUGUCUACCUGGCUGACAUUUGGCAAUUCCUACCACAGCUUAUUGUGGGGAUCCUGGCAAUUAUAAUAGGUGUUCUGACCCUGUGGUUACCAGAGACCCUGGGUGAGCCCCUGACCAGCACCAUGGAGGAAGCUGAGGCCCUAGGCAGGAAGAAGAACCCCGAGGAGAACAAGAAAGACCCUGAGGAAGGGAUGGAGAUGAACUUGAACCAGAGCAACUAGCUGGACAUCAAGACUUGAGGGACACACCUCUCCACCAACCAGAGAGAAGGAGUGGUCCACGAAAACAGAGAGCGGGAGAGGGAGAGACUCUGACUACUGUAAACGGUGCCAAGAAACCAACAAAAACCAAAAACUUCUAAAUUAGAACAUUUAUAAUAAAGUAUUUUUUGACAUUUUGUUCUGCAAAGUGACCCAUUUCAGAGCUGGUAUCCUCUGGUUGAGCCAGCCAACUUCCGAGUGCCUUGGCUGCAGCUGUUUACAUAGAGACAGAGGGAAGUGAAGUUUAUUCAUCACAUCUUAGUCUCCUGAUGACAGCCACAUGAAAAUGAGCCUCAUGAUCGGCAUUGACGUAAUGUGUGCCUUCCAAUCACAUUAACCAAUGAAUUUACACAUAGCAAGAUAAUCUUAAGUGCUGUGUGUGUGCGCAAGAGAUCAAGAGAGAGUGUGCAUGUGAAAUGUGAUAUUUCACUGACUGAGACUGUGCUGUAGGGCUUGAUUCAAUUCGAUCCGCUUUAGCCAACGGCGGUAUCAGAGGUGGAACUGUGUUAGUGCUGUCAAAUCCACAAGUUGCUCCAGGCAUUAUCGGAGAUACUUUUGAGAAGAUGGGAAGCAAUGAGAGCUCUCCUUCAAGGAGUGAAUCGGAGUCAUUUGGGCACUUGCUCAAAAACAUUAGCAAGAAGUACAACACUCAAAUCUUUUUUCCGAUAUGUGUGAUAAUUAACUUCUGUAAUAUUGUAUAGCUUUGGCAUCGUGACAUGACGUACCUGCGAGGAAAAUAGGCACGUUUCUCGGCUCUGACUGGGAAGGAAUUUUGUGACGAUUAGCUUAGCAACGGCUUGAAGCAACAACAUUAACGCGAUUGGUCAACAGUAUGCUGGGUAGGGUGUUGUACGUUUCUCCAUUCAUUGACCAAUGGGAUUGCUUUCUCCUCCUUUCUCCAAUAUCUCUGGUAUUAUGCCUAAAGCGGAUAUUGCCACUGGCUGCACAGAGUCACAUUAACAUAAAUCCCAUGCAUCCUUGUUUACAAGUUGGAACGGUGGAAUGUGAGAUGUAAUCUAGCCUACACCUAGAUUAGGUUGAUACACAUCCUCAUUAUUUACUUUAACGAUUCUUCCAUUUGAACAUAUAUAGCCUACACUUUCUUGUUCGGAACUUAUAACUUGAGUGGGGUGGGUGUGGAUCUCUGACACUUCCAAAACGUCCGCAAUGUGAGUGACUGCUAUCGCAGGUCAAUGCUGACCUGAUUGAAUCUAGGCCUUGGUUUCCUCUAGUCAACCCGAUAAUCAUGUAGUGUAGCUGUUUUUGCUUAUGUGUUACAGCCGAUGCUGUUGUUAUGUCAUUUUUAUCUGAAGUCCUUACAAACAGACACACACACGUUUGUUUUACUAUCCUUGUGAGGACUUCUGGUCCCCGCAAGGAUAGUAAAACCAAACGCACAGGGAAAAGUGCAUAGUGCACGUGUUUCCUAGACGUGCGUACUUUAUAUUGAAUCUGAGCUCAUUCAGGAUCUCACUGUGAUACUAUGCCUAUAUUUUUUACUCUAUAGAUUUGCGGGAUGUUUUCUUACAUUUAAGUGUAAUCAUGGUCAAACCAUUUAAAUCAUCCUUAUCAUUAUAUAUUAUAUGUGUGUGUGUGCGCGCACGUGUGUACUCGUGCAUAUGCUUCUUUGUGCGUGUUGGGAUGCGAUGGACUACCUAAAAGAAGUAAGGGAUUGAUUCAAUCCGGAGAGCUGAAGACCCGCACUACAGCGCAACAGAAAUUUAAAGGCAAUGUUCCAGCGUUCGCAUAGACUGCAUUCAUAGUAACUCAAUCGAAAAUUACCUUUAAAUUUCAGUCGCGCUACAGCUCUGAUCUUCAGGCUUACAGAUUGAAUCACAUGUGUGCGCAUGUGACCGUGACUGUAAAUUAAGCAAGCUACAUUCUAGUCUCCCGUCCAGAAAUGUAUCAAAGAGACUUUUCUGUGUUGGGAGUAUAGGUGCUGGAUGAAAUGAAGAAAGACAUUGCUGUAAUUUAUAUAACAAACAAUGGAUUUUGUUAAUGCUUUUAAAAAAACUUUCUUACUCUUUUAACCUUUUACUGCAGUUGGCUAAAUCAAUGUCUCACAGAGGGUUUUUUGGUAGUCUUAAACAAAUAUACUUUCAAACAAAAGUAUACACCUCACACACGUGGUUGUGGACUUAAUAAAAAGACACAUGUACCAAUUUCAGGUACGGAGUUGAAAUGUAUUCCAUUUGGAUUUUGAAUCCCAAUAUUACACUUUAUAUACAUUGCAGAAGACUGAAAUAUAACAAAACUGUUUGACACAGAAACACCAUAUUUUCAGUGGGUUUCUUUAGCUAAUGUUUAUUAAGUAACAUUCCACCCAUGAGGCCACUAGGUCAUUUGACUGCAGGAAAGGGGUACCAUGAUGUUUUUGACUAACUAUGUGAGAAUGAACCCUAGGAUUGAAAUAUAGGCUUUAAAAUCAUUGUUAAGCAAUACUCUAUUGUACAUUUUAGCAUUUCUUAGCAAA